AUGCAGGCCAUUUUGCUGAAUGGACCCCAAGCUCAAUCUGCUUCUCUAUUCAAGUCACAGCCUGAAGCUGCCGAGGACAGCGACGAAGGCACAGAUGACGCACCUGUCACUGGCUACGGCGGCGGCCAUGGCGUUCGUAAGACUAUCCUCGAUCCUGCUGCAGCUGCUGCAAAACUUGCCAAAGAUACACAAAGGGCACAAGCAUACAAAGAGCUCUCCGAUACAGUCAAUGCUAUGCGUCAUGCUGAGGAUUACUCCUCCGAUGCCUUUGCAAAUACUCUGGCACUGCUCAAGCUGAAUCCUGAGUACUACACCAUCUGGAACUACAGACGCAACAUCUUCCUGAAAGGUCUCUUUCCUGCUUGUGACAAGGAUGCUCAAGCCAAGCAAGAUCUCAUAACUAGCGAGCUCAAAUUGCUCCAAGCGAUUCUUCAAGAUUACCCAAAAGUAUACUGCCUUUGGGUCCACCGCAAGUGGUGCCUCGGUCAAUGUCCUUGGCCAGAUUGGCAGCGAGAGUUAAUGCUUGUCACGCGUAUGCUAGAACAAGAUGCACGCAACUUUCACGUCUGGGAGUAUCGUCGGUAUGUGGUUGGCCAACUGGAACAAGCUGAAGAGCGAAGCCUGGCAGAACGUGAGUUUGAGUACACCACCGCUGCCAUCUCUCACAACUUUUCAAAUUUCUCCGCUUGGCAUAAUAGAACGAAACUCAUUCCAACAUUAUUGCUUGAAGCAGGCGAUACUGCAGAUGUACGAGAAGGGAGACGUGCUCAACUGCUAAAAGACGAAUUGACAUUGCUCAAAGAUGCCCUCUUCACUGAUCCAGAUGAUCAGUCUGUUUGGCUCUAUCACAAAUGGCUACUCAAUCCAGACUCUGGCCCAGCUGAACAAUUCCCUCUCGCUCCUCAAGAUGUAGCAGCACGGAUUGCUUUGUUGCAGCAGGAACUUGAAAUGAUUGAUGCAUUGCUGGAGGAAGAGCCGGGCCAUGUCUGGUGUUUGGAUGCGCGGUGCGUCUAC